AUGAAGUCCCCGUUUAUCCUUCUUCCUCUCUUCCUCUCCAUACUCAACACCAACGCCAGCCCCAUCCCAGCCCCAGCUCCCGUCCCACCCAACAUCCCCUCCGGCUCCACCGCACGCAGUCAGCUCGCGGCUCUUCGUGUAGCCCCUGUUGGCUCUCAGACCGGCUACAGCCGCGACCUCUUCCCACAUUGGAGCACCCAAUCCGGGACCUGCAACACCAGAGAAGUAGUGCUGAAGCGGGAUGGCACCAAUGUAGUUCAGGACUCGUCCUGCGCCGCGACCAGCGGCCGAUGGUACAGCCCAUUCGAUGGCGCGGUGUGGACUCAAGCUUCAGACGUUGAUAUCGACCACAUGGUACCUCUGAGCAACGCUUGGAAGUCCGGAGCCUCAUCCUGGACGACUGCGCGUCGUGAACAAUUCGCCAACGACCUCUCCAACCCGCAACUCAUCGCCGUCACGGACGAUGUCAACCAGGCUAAAGGUGAUAAGGGUCCCGAGGACUGGCGUCCACCGUUGACCUCAUAUUAUUGCACCUACGCCGCCAUGUGGGUCAAGGUCAAGUAUGAGUACAAUCUGAGCGUUAAUUCCGCGGAGAAGAGUACCCUGCAGUCUAUGUUAUCGGGCUGUUAG